UUCCCAAGCAAAUUUGAGAGAGUGAGAAAGAGGAGGCUGCAGUUUUUUUCUCCCGUCCCAUUGUUGUACUGUCGGGGGCUGGGGUUUUACUAGUUCUUUCUAUCCCUCUCGUUCUCAAUCUUCGCCAAUACCAUCUGUGACUAAAUUUUGGAUGCUAAGAUGACAGAGGUGGCCAGUAAUGUCGUACACGAAGUAUUAGGUCGAAGAGCUCAAGACGUGGAUCAACCAAUCAUAGACUACAUCAUCAAUGUCCUCGCCGACGAAGACUUCGAUUUCGGCGACGAAGGCGAAGGAGCUUUCGAUGCCAUCGGUGAGCUGCUCGUCGAUUCCGGUUGCGUUAGCGACCAUUCCGAGUGCCGUUCGGUUUGUAGCACACUAUCUGACCGAUUUGGAAAUCAUGGGCUUGUUAAAGCUAAACCAACUGUGAGAAGCCUUGCAGCACCAUUGAGAAUGUUUGACGGAAUGGAUGAAGAAGUUCAAACAAAAAAGAAGCCCGAGGUAAUUGAUGGUCCUGUGCUAACUGAACGUGACCGACUGAAGCUUGAAAGGAGAAAGAGGAAGGAUGAGCGCCAAAGAGAGGCACAAUACCUAAUGCACUUAGCAGAAAUGGAAGCAACCAAAGCUGGAAUGCCUGUAGUAUGUGUGAAUCAUGACAAUAGCGUUGAUGGACCAAAUAUCAAGGAUAUUCACAUGGAGAACUUCAAUGUAUCCGUUGGCGGUCGUGAUCUCAUAGUUGAUGGUUCUGUGACCCUUUCUUUUGGAAGGCACUAUGGCCUUGUUGGCAGAAAUGGUACAGGGAAAACGACUUUCCUCAGGCACAUGGCUAUGCAUGCCAUUGAUGGCAUUCCUAAGAAUUGCCAGAUAUUACACGUGGAGCAGGAAGUGGUUGGUGAUGAUACAUCAGCCUUGCAAUGUGUUCUUAACACAGAUGUUGAAAGAACUCAUCUUUUUGAUGAAGAAGCUCGUUUAAUUGCAUUACAGAGAGAAAUGGAUGAUGAGGAUGCAACUGAAAAGAGCAAUGGGCAGCUGAAUGGGGAGACUGACAAAAAUGCCAUAUCACAAAAGCUCGAACAGAUAUACAAAAGGCUCGAGUUCAUUGAUGCAGAUUCUGCAGAGGCUCGCGCAGCUUCCAUUCUUGCAGGUCUCAGUUUUUCUCCAGAAAUGCAGAAGAAGGCAACAAAAACCUUUUCUGGAGGAUGGCGAAUGCGAAUAGCUCUUGCUCGUGCACUAUUUAUUGAGCCAGAUUUAUUGCUACUUGAUGAACCUACGAAUCAUCUUGAUCUUCAUGCUGUACUGUGGCUGGAAACUUACCUGAUGAAAUGGCCAAAAACAUUUAUCGUUGUCUCCCAUGCUAGAGAAUUCUUGAACCUUGUAGUCACGGAUGUUCUCCAUCUGCAUGGACAGAAACUGAAUGCAUACAAAGGAAAUUAUGAUACAUUUGAGAGGACACGAGAGGAACAGCUUAAGAACCAACAGAAAGCAUUUGAGUCCAAUGAACGUUCAAGGGCCCAUAUGCAGUCUUUUAUUGACAAGUUCCGUUACAACGCAAAGCGUGCAUCACUUGUUCAGUCAAGAAUCAAGGCAUUGGACCGGCUGGGUCAUGUGGAUGAAGUUAUUAAUGACCCUGACUACAAGUUUGACUUCCCUACUCCGGAUGACAGACCAGGCCCACCUAUAAUAAGUUUCAGUGAUGCAUCUUUCGGAUAUCCUGGGGGGCCAUUACUGUUUAAGAAUUUGAAUUUUGGCAUAGAUCUAGACAGCCGUGUAGCAAUGGUUGGUCCUAACGGCAUUGGAAAGUCAACUAUACUCAAGCUAAUUGCAGGGGAGCUUCAACCAAGCUCGGGGACUGUUUUCCGUUCAGCUAAGGUAUAUAUUACUUGGCUUCACUUGAUAAAAUAUCAGUUAUCAUUGCCUUUUGGCUUUCUGCAGGGAGUACCCGAACAGAAGCUUCGAGCUCAUUUAGGUUCCUUUGGUGUAACUGGAAAUCUUGCUCUUCAGCCAAUGUACACCUUGUCUGGUGGUCAGAAAAGCAGAGUUGCAUUCGCAAAGAUAACUUUCAAAAAGCCUCACAUUAUACUGCUUGACGAGCCAUCAAAUCAUCUUGAUUUGGAUGCUGUGGAGGCAUUAAUUCAGGGUCUUGUUCUUUUCCAAGGAGGCGUGCUGAUGGUAAGUCACGAUGAGCAUUUGAUAUCUGGAAGUGUAGAGCAGCUGUGGGUGGUUUCUGAAGGCAGGGUAACACCUUUCAAUGGGACAUUCCACGAUUACAAGAAGAUCCUUCAAUCUUCCUAAGAACCUUGUGUUAACUAUACCAGCUGAGUAGGGGUAAUGAUAGAAAGUUCUGCAACAAGCAUCAUGCUAUGUGCCCUUACAGAAUAUGCGGCUGUUUUAGAGCAUCUUCCUGUCACGAUGUUCUUACAGAAUACAUGUUUUUUUUUUUUUUUUUUUUUUUUUUUUUUUUUUUUUUCCCCCCGGUGGUGGGCAUUCUUGAGUGAAAACAGUUGUUACAGGAUGAAUGUUUUUCAUGAAGAGUUACUUAUCAAAAAAAUAUAAGGUUUAACA